AAGGCAAGUAGGUAAGUAGACUCCUCACCUUCUUUCAUCUCUUCUUUACUGUUUGCUGCAGUGAAGGGCCUUUUGUGCUGGACUUAUUUUGGAAAUUUCCAGGUCUCCUUAAUGCAGAGGUUUGCACUUGGAAGCAUCUGAUCUUGCAGUAUGACUGUAACUGCCCAAUUAAAUUUGAUAUACUGUGAAAAUGAGUCACGCUUUGACCGGGGCUAUAAAGACGAAUCUCUUCAACUGUAAAGGAGCUGUGACUGACCAAAUGAUAUUGUCCCAAUGGUGGCAGCAUAACAUAAGAAAUAAAAUAUGAAACUAUGUAGGGUUUUCUCUUCAUUAAGGCUUUUUAGGCUGAGUCAUCAUCACCGAAGAGGUAUCCUUGCUCUCUGGGGGUGGGGUUGCCAUUAGAACCAAAGCACAGCACUUAUCUUGCUGUAAAAUUGGAAAGAAAAAUAUUUAUUUUAUGCUGUCAGGAGACCAGGCAAGGUCAGCAUUUCACAUGAGAUGGACCUUGCCUGGCUGCCAUCUGGUUAAGAUCCUCUGCUAGGACUUCAGAGCAGGAAAGAUAGCGUGCAUUAGGGAUCUUGUGUUAAGAAGGGAUUUUUUUUUUCUUCGAUGUGAAUGCAAAAUGAAAUUUAGCAUGUGAAAUUCACUAGGUGAAGUUACAGCAGAUGAAUAGAGGCAUAAUUAUGCAGCUCUAAAAUGAUUGACUUUAACAAGUGAGCUCUUUUCUAGCUUAAAAAAACCCUCCCAUCCUGUCAAAUUUUGUGGGGGGUUGUAUGUCCUGAUCAAUUUCAAUUUUACAUCAUUGCAUCUUUUCUAAUUUUCUCACCUGGGCCUGCAUGGUCUUGCAUUUAUCCCAGACCCACACAUAUAAAAAGCAGAAAAAAUGUAAACAAGUUUGUCAAAUACAACCGUGGUGAGACCUUGCAGCACCUGUGAGCAGUCUGAAAGAAGAGAAAUAUUCAGCACAGGGAGAGUUAAACAUUGGUGGUUUGAAAGGCUUUCAUCAGGACCAUCUUUUCUGUGACUCUUCAAGGGGAUGUGUAUCCAUCCCUCUUAUCUUAGUGAAGCAGCUGGGCUGCUGCUGCCAUAAAUCAGGAGCAAAACUAAGGGAUAGUGAUGGGCAAGAGUUAUGGCAGGGUGGUGGUGGGUGCUUGCUGAGAGGGAGGGAGCAGCUUAAGACGAGGUGCUCAGACUUGCUGCCAGAGGGAGAGAUGGGGGACGCGAAGCCUGCAGCGCGGUGGCGACAGCAGGGAAGGGGUAGAGCUGACACCUGUGGAGCAAAUCCUUCUCCGGGGAGUGGGAACCCCCACCCCACCAGCUUGGCAUGGAGCAGCUGGGAGCUGGCAGCUGUAAUCACUGCUGGCCUCCUCCUGCUCUACAUCCCCCUGUGCUACGAGGAUUUCCAUUUCCAUGUGGCUCGUGUGUAUGCUUGCCUGGGGUACCCCAAUGCCCAGCACAUCCUGGGACAGAGGUAUUUACAAGGAGCUGGAGUGGAAAAAAAUGAGGACAUGGCCAUGCACUGGUUCAGGCAGGCUGCGGGGCAGGGCCAUCCCCACUCCUCCUUCAACCUGGCAGUGGGGACACUCAGAAACAUGACCAUGGCACUUGAAGAAGGGGAAGUGGAGAAACUCCUCAGUGUGGCAGCAGCCCAUGGGCUCUUAGAAGGUCUCCUGCUCGGCCUCAGGCUGCCCCCGCCGCUUCCCCCCAUCCCUGCCCGGCACCGCAGCCCCUUCCCUCAGGGCGGGCACACGGGGAGCGGCCCCCUCCCGCUCGCCCUUGCAGCUUCACAGGUGCGCCCGCAGCUGCGUGUGCGUAAAUCCAAGCGGGCUGAAAGCGAGCGCUCCCCUGUUAAACCCCAAACAAAUCAAACAACNGCCGUCCCGGGGCAGGAAGGCCCCGCUGGUGCUGCGGGGCGGCGGCGGUGCGGACCGGAGCUCUGCCGGGGAUUUGAAAUUCCCCCGUCCGGACGCAGGUCCACCAAGCGUUUGAUCGUCGGAAGGAAAGUUGCACAAUUUCACCCUUAG